AUGAUCCCAUCAAGAAGCAAUGGGCUAGUCAAACCUUUGGAGAGUCAAACCAAGGAGUCGCUGGCUGAGUUACCCAAGAAAACGGAAUCCUCCAAAUCAAAGUCGUGGUUCUCAAAAGAAACCCCUCAACAACCGCCUCCUCAAUUACCUACACCAAAGCCGUUUAAAACGGUGGGAAAACCCAAGCCCAAGGAUGACAAGGUUCCCCAAAAGGAAGCAGCAAAGAAGAGAGGCAGUUGGUGGUCAAGGAAAAAGCGAGAGCUGCACCUGCACCAACACCAUCAACUGCAGCUGCAGCAGCAGCUGCAGCAGCCUCCCACAAGCAGUGUUGUGUCCUCGCUUCCAAAACCCCUUGUUUCUUCAAAUAAGCUGAGCAUGAAUUUGUCGCUUUAUAGAGCUUCAGCUCAACAGAUUCCCAGAUCAAAAAGCUGGUGGUUUGGACCUAAGGCCAAGUCGGCAGCAAUCGUUACCCAGUCCUCGGGUUCGAGUGAGUCGGCACACCAUGAAUUGAUCUCCACCGAGUCGGUUGAUGUCGGCACCUCGAUCGUAUCUGUGGUUAAGAGGCUAGAAGAAGAUGACAGCAUCCCCAUAGUGUAUGGGAACUACUCGGGAGAGCCCACGUUCAAGAAGCAGAUUGAAGAGCCAACCAUUUUUCAAACUCAAUUGGCGAAAUUCAACAAUUUUGACCUGUUUGACGAGGCUGCCUACUUUUUUUGGAAUAUUUGGGAGAUUGACGAUAGUGGCAAAAAGAAGAUUACUAGGAUAAUGGAAUGCAAGCAGGAUUUUUUGGACUUUUUCAAAAACUUCCAAUACGAAAAAGUGUUUCUCAUGAGAAGCAGCUUGAUUCCAAACUACAACCUGUUCAAGAAUGGUUACUUGGUGAAAUUAAAGCUAUUGCACGGCAGAACAGCCACAAAUGCCGAUUUGGGCUGGUUUUUGUUUAUGAAAUGCUGCAAAAGUGCCAUACUAAACAAUGUCCCCAAUAACGAAAUCAGCAUUAGCAUUUGUGGAUUCACUUAUACAAGAAAGAGUUCAAUGACGCUGAUUACACUUUGGAUCCACCCCAUCUUCAACAUGUCGUUUGACAUUUCUAAUCAAGUUAGGUCCUUGAUUCAGCACCUCAAUUUUGGAGUCAAUUUAGAUAAGAUUACAUUGAUCGAUAUCAAUAACAACUCCAAAACAUUAAUCGAAACUGAAUUGACCUAA